UAACCGCACGCCGCCCUCCCCGAAAUAAACCGACGCCUCCUCUCCUCCUUCCUCCUGCCUCUCUCCGGCGACGCCAACCCAACCCCAAAAAAAAAACCUUCUCCGUGGUGGAGCGGAGGAGAGGAGUCGCGUGCCGUCUCGCCCACAGCCCAUCGAUAGCAAUGGCACAAGAGAGCUGGAAGCAGGAGUCCCACGCCCCUGAGGCCCCAAUAUUGUGCAUAAACAACUGUGGUUUCUUCGGCAGUAGCAUGACAAACAAUAUGUGCUCGAAGUGCUACAGGGACUUCAUUAAGUUGAUGGAAAGCGAUGCCCCUGUGGUGGAGAAGAAGGUGAUCACGAUAGCCUCUUCUUCCGUGACGUCAUUGGAGACAUUUGAGGCAGCGAAGCGAGAUGAUGUCCCUGCUGCCGCUGCAGCUGUGGACGAGAAGCAAGCUGCACAGGAGCCUCCGAAGCCACCCAGCAACCGAUGCCUGACCUGCCGCAAGAAGGUUGGGCUGACAGGCUUCCAGUGCCGCUGCGGCGGGACCUUCUGCUCCAUGCACCGUUACACCGACUCCCACGAGUGCACCUUCGACUACAAGAAGGCGGCCCGGGAGCAGAUCGCCAAGCAGAACCCUGUUGUGAUAGCCGAGAAGAUCAACAAGAUCUGAUGGAUGGCCAUGAAGGAUCGUUCAACUUAUAUUCCUGGGUGCCCGAGUCUCCUUCAGGUGGUCUGGGUUAGUGUGCUAGGGUCUGAAUUGUGUCUAUCCUUCUCCUUCAACAUGGUUUAAUUCUCUCGAUUGUGUAAUAAUGUAAAUAUGCCUAUUCAAACAGUAAUUUAAUCCUAUUGCUUUCUA